GCUGCCAAAAAAGAAUAUAAUGGUGUAAUUGAGGAGUUUCUAACUGUAGGUGAAAAACUCUUUGGGCCUUAUGUAUGGGGCAGGUAUGAUGUCUUGUUCAUGCCUCCAUCGUUUCCAUUUGGUGGUAUGGAGAACCCUUGUAUCACAUUUGUCACCCCAUGUCUGCUGGCUGGCGAUCGUUCUCUGGCUGAUGUUAUUAUCCAUGAAAUAUCCCACAGCUGGUUUGGUAACUUGGUGACCAAUGCUAACUGGGGAGACUUCUGGCUGAAUGAGGGUUUUACUAUGUAUGCCCAGCGGAGGAUUACCACUGAACUCUAUGGUAAAACCUUACAGUAUGUUGGUGUCAAUGUACAGUAUCUCUUGCAGGAAUUGAUAUUCAUACUACUUUUUCUAUCCAGUGUACAUUGUUCCAGUUUGUCUAUCUUACAUAUAUACCAGAAUAAAAUAUUUCAGCUCUUGUUCUCUCUACUAACUGACAAGGUUUUAAUCCUAUUCACAGGCCAUGCAUACAGUUGUCUAGAAGCAGCCACAGGACGGGCUCUUCUUCGUCAGCACAUGGAUGCAUCUGGAGAAGGCCAUCCCUUAAACAAGCUCAGAGUCAAGAUUGAACCUGGAGUGAAUCCAGAUGACACAUACAAUGAGACCCCUUAUGAGAAAGGAUUCUGCUUCGUAUCUUAUCUUGCUUACCUUGUUGGGGAUCAAAGUAAAUUUGACACUUUUCUUAAGGCUUAUGUUGACAAAUUUAAAUUUCAGAGCAUAACUGCUGAUGAAGCCUUGGCAUUUUAUUUAGAGUACUUCCCAGAGCUUAAAGCUAAGAAUGUUGAUAAAAUCAAGGGUUUGGAAUUUGACCAUUGGCUAGAUACCCCUGGUUGGCCUGCUUAUUUGCCAGACCUGUCUGUUGGUACUAAGCUCAUGAAACCAGCUGAUGAUUUGGCUGAUCUCUGGUCCUCUUCUCCACUGGACAUGCAAGCUAUUGGAAAAAUGGACGUUUCUUCUUGGAAAACAUAUCAGAUAGUAUACUUUUUGGAUCGGGUUCUUGCAAAGUCCCCUCUACCACCUGGUAAUGUGGAAGAGCUUGGAAAAUAUUAUACAAAGAUUUCGGAAGCCACCAAUGCUGAACUCCGUCUUCGUUGGGCUCAAAUUGUGCUGAAAAAUGAUUACCAGGAUCAUUUUUCCAAAGUCCGUGAUUUCUUAUACUGCCAGGGAAAACAGAAGUACACAUUGCCAUUGUACCGUGCUAUGAAAGCUGGAUCAGAGGCCACUCGUGCUCUAGCCACAGAAACUUUCCACCAGACAUCUCCACAGCUUCAUCACAAUGUCCGCAGUUAUGUGAAAAAGAUCCUGGGAGUGUAA